CUAUACUCACUCUUCUCCAUACAUCCAUACAUAAACAAAAAACAAUGGCCACCCCUACCGUCAACGUCGUCCGUUGGUCCGCCCUCAUCGCCGGUAUCACUUACGGCAUCUUCCACCAGUCCACAUUACAAGCCAAGUACGACGAGGACAAGGUCAAGCACCAUGCUGCCCACCGAGCACACCUCGUCGAGGAGGCGAAGAAGGCUUAUGCUGCGAAGAAGGCUGCUCAGAGCGGAGGAUCAUCAUUGAUUACUGACCCGGAAGAUCCCAAAUUCGAUCUCGAAAAGGUCAUCAAGUCUUGGACCAAGGAUUCAUAGGGUUGUCGUUGGGUCUAGAUUUUAUACUAUGCAAAACGAUGCAAACGAUGCACGGA